ACGGGGGUACAUGCACCAAUCAGUAUUUGUCUCGAUUGUUUGAGUGUUAUGUUUCUUAGGUCCAAGGCUUGAUACAAAACUACAAUCAAGCCAGGGGUCUCACGUGAAGCAGCUUCUCUAUUUCUACGAGGUAGAGGUAAGGCUGUCUAUAUCUACCCUCAGACCCUACCUUAACUUUGCUAUUGGUGGGAUUUACUGAGUAUGAUGAUGUAUUAAUCAUACAAUGUUUUGAAACUACUUAUGUGAAGUAAAAUCUUGAUGGAUGUAAUGAAUCUGUAGAACUCCACUUGCCUGUUAAAUGUGCUAACCUCAAAACCAUAGAUCUUAGACCUCCUCCAGGUUUUAGCACUGUUCUCUUUUUUGACUCCACUGAAAAUCAUGAUUAAAGAUAAUCCGGAAACUUGUAAUAGUGUUAAACAUGCUAAAAAAACACUCAAACACGCCUUGGAACCGCCCCUGGGACGGUUUUUUUUUUUGAAAAAAAAAAAGGUGGGGCGUCCUUUUUUAAACGCCUUCACUUGUGUCUUUAGCCAAUAGCAUUUUUUGACGGUUUUUUAUUUUUUAUUUAAUUCUAUUAGAAUAUCUAAUCAUUGCAAGAUUUCAAGCCCUGUUACACCAUUUUUAAUAUAAUGCCCCACAAUGCUCACUUGCUGAUUGGACCACUAAAUGACGUAAAAUGCUCAAUGUCUUCCCCUCCCACUACAUACGGUCUAGUUGUCUAGUUGUUGAAUAUAAUAUUUCCACUUUUUACUUUUUUAUACAUAUAAAUACACACCUUUUAACUGUUGGCACCCAUUAAGUCAAAAAGAAAAACAAUAAACAUGUAAAUGGUCAUCACGCGUAAUCAAUCAGUUUUAUGGAGGGUCAUGUAUGCUUUUUUUUUAUCUUUAUAGUCUUUAUCUUUUCUAUAAUGCAAACAAGAAUACUUUGUCCCAACCCAUCAUAAAAUAUAUUGAUACCAAAUUGUUGUCUUCUUAGUAUUGAUUAUUAAUCUCUAACAAGUUCAUAUAAAUUUCCCUCAAUCAUUAAAUAUUUCACUUUGUUUGAUCCAUCAAACACUUGCAUAAUGGCAUCUACUUCAGCUUCAUCCAUACAAAGGAGCUUCAAGUAUGACGUCUUUUUGAGUUUUAGGGGUGAAGACACCCGCAAGAACUUUGUUGAUCAUCUCUAUCAUGCUCUUGUCAAUAAAGGCAUUAUAACUUAUAAGGAUGAUGAAAAAAUCAAGAAAGGGGAAAGAAUCGGAGAUCAGCUCAUCGAGUCCAUUGAAGACUCGAGAUUUUACAUCAUUGUUUUCUCCAGGAACUAUGCAUCUUCAUCAUGGUGCUUAGACGAGCUCGUAAAGAUUAUGGAGUGCCAGAAGAUGACCGAGCAUACUGCUUACCCCAUCUUCUAUGAUGUGGAACCCACUGAAGUCCGCAAACAAAGUGGGUCGAUCGGUUGGUGAAGCCUUUGAAGAGGUCACAAGGAAGAGGACGUUGGAAGAUGUAAAUCUGGAAAAGAAAGAUGAGAUUGGAGGGUGGAGAAAUGCUCUUACAGAAGCAGCAAGCCUAGCUGGGAUGGAGUUGAAGAACACUUUCAACGGGCAUGAAGCAAAAUUUAUCCAACAAAUCGUUCAAGACGUUUCACUAAAUCUACAUCUCAUUGACUUGAGCGUCAAUAGGAAGUUAGUAGGCAUGGAGACUCGGGUAAAGGGCAUAAUUUCAUCUUUGGAGCUUGAUUUAAAUGAUGUUCGGAUGAUAGGGAUCAAGGGGAUUGGAGGUGGUGGGAAGACGACUUUGGCGAGAGCUGUUUUUGAUCAUAUAUCCGUCCGGUUUGAAGGUAAGAGCUUUGUUGAAGAUGUGAGAGAAGUUUCAAAAGGCUCUUUGUAUGGGUUGAAGGAUUUGCAAAAGCAGAUCCUUUCAUCUGUAUUAAAUGAUCAAACCAUUGUUGUAGCUGGUGUUUCUGAUGGAAAAAGGAUGAUGAAAAGGAUGAUGCCUCAUAGAAAGGUUCUUGUAGUUCUAGAUGAUGUGGAUGAUAUAGACCAGCUUGAAGCAUUAGCAGGUGAGCCUACCUGGUUUAAGUCGGGAAGUAGAAUCAUCAUCACCACAAGAGAUGAGCAAGUGUUAGUAGCACAACGAGUGAAUGUUAUUCAUGAUGUCAAUCUGUUAUCAGACGAGGAAGCAAUUUGCCUCUUUAGUAGGUAUGCAUUUGGGAGGGAAAUUCCAGAUCAAGGGUAUGAAGAGCUAUUAGGAAAAGUUGUACAUUAUGCUGCCGGUCUUCCCUUAACAAUCAAAGUUUUGGGUUCACAUCUUUGUGGUAGAAGUGAGCAUGAAUGGGUAGACGCCAUAGAAAGACUAAAAAAAAUUCCGUUAAAGGGGACUUUGGAAAGAUUGAAAAUAAGCUAUAAUGGUCUUGAGAAUGAUGAGAAAGAAAUAUUCUUAGAUGUUGUAUGCAUACUAAAAGGUGAAAAGAAAGAUGACUCAAUAAGAAUCCUUGAAAGUUGUGGGUUGCAUGCUCAUAUUGGUUUAAGAGUUCUUGAGCAGAAAUCUUUGAUAACUAUUUCUGAUUAUGACGGUUUGCGUUUCCAUGACCAUAUAGAAGAAAUGGGUUGGAAUAUUGUCCGUGGUUUGCACCCUCUUGAGCCUAGCAAGCAUAACCGACUAUGGAUUAAAGAGGAAAUAGAAGAUAUAUUGGUUAAUGAAUUGGGUACCGACGUAACAAGAAGUAUUAAACUAAAAUACACAAGUCUCCAUCCAACAACUAUUAUGAGAGGUCUUAGGAGAAUGAGGGAACUUAGAUUUCUUUCCGUGCUAACUCUAUACGGGAAAAAAGAGAUAUAGAAUGGGCUGUUGAUAAAGUUAGCCAAUACUUACCAGAUGCUUUACAAUCUCUAUAUUGGUUUCAAUACCCUUUUCGGUCUUUACCUCAAACGUUUCAAGCAAAUAAGCUCGUUAACCUUGAAAUGCUUGGGGGCAAUAUAUCUGAACUUUGGGAAGGAGGAGAAAAAAAGGUUCUAAAUAAGAUAAGAUUCAUUGACCUCAGAUGUUCAAAGUUAGAAACCUUUGACCUUUGUAUGACUCCAAAUCUCGAAAAGUUAAAUCUGGAAGGAUGUUAUGACUUUCUCAAACUACACAUCCCCGUUGGAUGUCCAAAGCUCAAAUUUCUCAACCUCGGAGGUUCUAAGGUGAGUAUUCUUAACCUUGGGAUGACUCCACAUCUCGAGGAGUUAAAUCUUAGCGGAUGUAAUAAAUUUGUGGAACUCCACAUGCCCAUUGAAUGUCCAAAGCUCAAAUUUCUCAACCUCAAAGGUUCUAAGGUGAGAUUUCUUAACCUUGGGAUGACUCCACAUCUUGAGGAGUUAAAUCUUGAACAAUGUAAUGAAUUUGUAGAACUCCACUCGCAUGUUAAAUGUCUAAACAUCAAAUCCCUCAAUCUUAGUGGUUCUAAGGUGCGUAACCUUAACCUUGGGAUUACUCCAAAUCUUGAAAGCUUAAAUCUCAAAGGAUGUUCUGACUUUGUAGAACUCCACAUGCCCGUUAAAUGUCCAGAGCUCCAAUUCCUCUGCCUUGGUGGUUCUAAGGUGAGUAACCUCAAUUUCGAGAUGACUCCACAUCUCAAGGAGUUAGAUCUUGAAGGAUGUUAUUACCUUCAAGAAAUUCACGCUCCCGUGGGUUGUCUAAAAAAUCUUGUCUACUUUAACUUCAACGGUUGCUCAAGGUUUAAACUUUUUGUUAUUAACAAAUGGAAUAACGAACGUCGUCUUUAUGAUGUUGUUACACUGAAACUAAUUGCGGAGUCCCGAUAUAGAUGCCCACUGCAUCCAGACAGUAAUUUGCCUAAGUUUCAGUUUAAUUGUAUAUAUCGGGAACCUCUACCCUCAUCGAGUGGAAAUGUUGAGAAGCUUAUAUCUUUUGGUCUAUGUGCUUGCACAAACCUUGAGUCGUUUUCAACAAGCAUUUGUGGUUUGCAACAUUUAAGAGAGCUCACUCUUAAAGGCAGUAUUCCGGAGGUUCCCAAUGAUCUGGACCAGUUACAAAGUCUAAAGAUGCUAUGUUUGUCAAUGGGAAAGAUUAAGCAUCUUCCGGAUAGCAUUUUUAGGUUGAAACGUUUGAUGUAUCUUGACUUAAGUUAUUGUAUAUCCUUACAAGAUAUCCCAAACAGUAUCUGUAAGAUGGAAAGUUUAAAAGAUUUAAAUCUCCAAUUUUGUAAACAAGUUGAAAAAUUGCCCCAGGAAUUUGGAGAAAUGAAACACUUGAAUGCGUUAAACAUAGAAGAUGCGGGUAUAAGACAUCUUCCGUGCAGCAUUUUUCAAUUGAAAGGUCUGCGUAUUACAGGGUCUAGGGGGCAGCUUGAGUCCUGUGGUUUUACUAAUAUAAUCUCAAGAUCCAGAGGCUGCUAUGUGCUGUUGUGAAUAACAGGGACAUUCUGUUAGUAGGUUGGGAUUCAAGAAGAAGUAUUCAAAGUCCAGUCUUUGAAUAUUUAUGUUGCUGAUUUAUAGAAUGCAACAGGGACAUUCUCUUUUUUUUGCUUAACAUGUUACUUGUGGUUUAACUGACUGACUGAACCGAUCGGUUGGACAAUCCACAUAUCCUACACCUUUUGAUUGUGGUUCCGUUGGAGCAUAAAAUCAGCACUAUACACUUGGCACGAAGAUGCAAGCCUUUCUUACGGCAAAGACAUGUUCAGAGUAUGAGACUUUGUUGAAGGAAAACCAAUGUUUGACAAUUCGUAAUCCAUCAUUGGAUGAGAAUCUUCAUAUGUUGAAAGUGUGUUGAAAAUCAAUCUGAACGGCAACACAAUUGUCACUGCCUACAAUGAAUCUGUUGGAUCUGAAUGGGGCUUCUCUUUUGCCCCUUUUGAGUUUAUAGAGCAGGACCCUAAUGACGACGGAAAGGGUUUCAAAAGUCCUAUCGACGUUAUUGGUUUUGUGGUUAAGAGUUUCCCUUUUGAACCAAAAGAGGAAAGUAAACAUGGGAAGGAUGAGAAGAAAAUCACAUUCAUGCUUCAGGAUUUGCAACAUGCCCAAAUUUUUGUGACCCUGUGGGAUUGUUAUGCUGAUCAAAUAUUAGAGUUUCAGAGGAUCAAUCAAGAAGAAAAAAAUGUCGUCCUGUUCAGUUUGUAAAAUACAGGUUUUGGGGAGGAUACCUGUAUGUUUCCAAUUUAUACAAUGUUACAAGUGUAUUCAUCAACAGUGACAUCCAAGAGAUUAUAAAUUUUAAGAAAAGUUUCAUUGCACAGUUAUCUGCUGAAAGAUCCUCUAGCUUAUCUGGGCUGAGUUCGUCGGUUAUAAAGUCUCCUUCGAAAGAAUAUCUGACAGACUUUGAAUUCAGUACUAUUGGUGGUUUAAAUGGAAGAUCCGAGGCAUUGAUAAUAUUAUCAUUUGUUUUUUUUAGAAUGUUAUUAAUUAUAAAUGAUAUUUUUUGUACGUAGACAAAAUCUGUUAUCAUUCUUGGUACGAUAAAGAGUUUUGCUUCAAAGGAAUCUUGGUUAUAUAAUCCGUGCAAAAAUUGCAAUCGUAAGGUUUCGACAAAGACCAUUUUGAAUGAUAAACAAGAUGGAAGUGAGGGGUUCGAUGAGGUUGUAGUUUUGGAGUGUAACACUGAUGCGUGUAAUACAAAAGUUUCUUCUUCAUUUCCAAGAUCAGGGUUCCUAUCCGUGUUCAGGACUGUAUGGUUAUUGUCACACUUACCCGUUUGAGCGUGAGGUCGUUAAGUUGCUUAAGGUGUCCGCCAAUCAGUUGCUCGACAAGAACAUUGAGUUGGCAAAUGAAGGUAGCUUUCCAGGUGAACGAAAAGCUUCACUGAACCGGAAGUUUGCUUUCAAAAUUGCUGUUGGUUCAUUUAACAUUAAAAACAAAUCUGAUGGGUAUUCUGUGUCCAAGUUAACCGAGAAUCCGUUAGUUAUAUCCGUCUUAGACAAGAAGUUUGAUGAUAUCCAGCCUGUUGAUGUUGAUGGUCAUGUCGGUUACCCAUGGCAUUAUAGCCUAGUGGUAUCUUGGGGGUGGGAUAAGGCUUAUGACCAUUAGGUCAUGAGUUCGA